AACAAUCGCUUACAAUAAGAAUUCUCACAAACAUAAUGAGAUAUCAACAUAGUUAUUCAUAUCUUGAAAGACCUUCCUCAAUUUUUUCUUGUUUAUCCAGUACUUAUGAAUAUUAAUAACAAAAUUCAUACCUACUUAAAUAAUAAAUCGAAAUGAAAAUGUUUGUUAGAAUAUAAAGUGUAUGUUUAUUAUUUUUUUCAGCUUCAAGGAAAGAGGUGCAUUGAAUGCAUUGGAAAUGCUACCUUUAGAUAAGAAGAAGUUAGGUAUAGUCGUUGCUUCAUUGGGUAAUCAGGCCAUGGGACUAUGUUAUUACGGGCAAAAGCUUGGAAUACCUGUAACAGUGGUUAUGCCUGUAUCUGUGCCUAUUGGUAAAUUGCAACAAUGCCAUAACCUUGGAGCCAAAGUUGUAGUACAGGGUGGAAAUCUUUUUGAGAGUCAAAGAAUCGCGCGAGCCGUGGCCAGAGAAAAGGGAUUAGCUUAUAUUAAUGGACGUGAUCAUCCGCACAUACUUGCUGGAUAUGGUACACUGGCGUUGGAGAUCCUCGACCAGAUCCCCGCAGUAGAUGCAGUAUUGGUGCCGGUGGGAAGUGGCGGCCUGGUGGCUGCUAUCGCCGCUGUUAUAAAGCACGCUAAACCCGAGUGUCUUGUUUACGGUGUACAAUCUGAAAAAAUUCCGACGUUUUUUAAAUCUCUUGAGACCGGCGAGCGGGUUACCCUUCCGUGGCAAAGUUCAGCUGCUGAUUCUAUAGCGAUGCCUAACGUUGGUAUUAAUGCAUUUCACACAGCUAAACCUCUCCUGGACAAGAUGUUACUAGUAAAUGAGGAUUGGAUCACAAAGGCAAUUCUGCAUUUAGUUGAAAUGGAGCGUUUAGUGGUCGAAGGGGCUGCUGCGUGCACCUUGUCUGCAAUUAUAAGCAAUCUUGUGCCAGAAUUGAAAACGAAAAACGUGGUAUGUAUUUUAAGCGGAGGCAACAUCGAUGCAAUUUUGAUAAGCCGAUGCCUCGACAGAGGACUGGCAGCGGAAGGUCGCCUCAUUAAAUUUAAAGUCGAUAUAAAGGGUACUGCAGCAUCAUUCCAAAAGCUUUUAAGCUUCUUGGCAAAAGCAGGAUACAAUGUAAAACGGUUAUUCCAAGAUCGCGUGUGGGUGGAAAACGAUAUUUAUCAAGUCGAGGUCAAACUUGUAUGUGAAGCAAGAAAUUUAGAGCAUGCUCUGGAAUUAAAGAGGCUUAUGGAGAGAGAAUAUACCAACACUGUUUUUGAAACAGAACCCUUCAAUGAUAAAUAUACAUGUCCUUGCUAUGUAAGAAAAUGCUGUUAAAUCAAAUUACUAACAAACUCAAUAUUUUG